GUCAAAAAAAAGGAAGAAGAAAAACAAUAGUGAUUAUAUGCUCUUUGAAAAACAAAUCCUCAAAAGUGCGUGGUAUUUAAGUGUUUCUUUUUCUCCACGAGUUUUAUUUUAACUCUUAAAGAAGAACCGAAUAAAGCAAGUAAUUUACCAUGGAUAUCCCUAGCGUCCCUCUUGAAGGCCCCGCCGUAAAGUUUAGGCGCACUCAGGCAGCACGACUGCGGCAGCAGCAUAAACUAAUGUUACAUACAUACAAAUGUCAGAAAGAAGAAGCACGCGCGCAGUCCAAAGGCCAGACCUGGCGGUGUCGUGUCAUGGGCUGUCAGAAAAUGAAGGGAAUUGUUAACCAUAUGGUGUCAUGUCCAGCUGACAAGAAAUGUUCAUGGCCAGCUGGGUGUUUGUCUUUAAGAAAACUGAUGAGGCAUUAUUCAAAGUGCAGAAAAGAAUACUGUCCAGCCUGUACCCAGAAGACAGAGUGGCAAAUGACUGUAACAGAAGAAGAAAGAAAUGAAAUUUUUGAUCUACUUGUGAAUAUGGUUCCGACUUCUAGUUCGUUCUUUACCAUGUGGUUUUUGAAGAGUCGCUCCAGCUUUCCUAAUGAAUCAUACAUGAAGGUAACGGAACGCUUCGCCUACAUCACGGCCAAAAGCCGGGACGAGUACUUCCGCUUGCUGGCUACGCACAAAUGGGACAUAGAAAUGGAAAUAAUGGAUAUAGAGAAGGAACUGAAAAAGAGACAAAAUGCAGAACAUAGUGAGCCGGAAGAGCCCGACAUUCUUGAGCCAGUAUGAAACAUGUUAGAUGACGCUCAUUUCGGCGUUUUAUUUGUUGGUACAGUCAUGUCUGAAAAUAUCGGUACGAAAAAUGUGCCAAAAAUAUGUAUACACUACCUUAAUAUUAUUUUUUUCUUCCUAGCGUUGUCCCGGCAUAUUGCCACGGCUCAAGGGAGCCUGGGGUCCGCUUUGACAACUAAUCCCAAGAUUUGGCGUAGGCACUAGUUUUUACGAAAGCGACUGCCAUCUGACCUUCCAACCCAGAGGGUAAAACUAGGCCUUGUUGGGAUUAGUCCGGUUUCCUCACGAUGUUUUCCUUCACCGAAAAGCGACUGGUAAAUAUCAAAUAACAUUUCGUACAUAAGUUCCGAAAAACUCAUUGGUACGAGCCGGGGUUUGAACCCGCGACCUCCGGAUUGCAAGUCGCACGCUCUUACCGCUAGGCCACCAGACUUCACUUACCAGACUACCUUAAUAUAUGGGUAAUAAAGUCGUGUAAGUAUACAUAUUUUUGGCACUUUUUUCGUAAUGAUAUUUUCAGACGUGACCGUACGCAUUAAGAAAAUAUAAAUAAACGAUUAAGAAUCCAC